AUGGGCGGCGAAAUGCAAGCCAUCAAUGGAAGCGGACCAAGUAGCCCCAGGACUCCGACCAACUGCCAGUAUGCGGAGGCCGUUCACCGGUUACAUGCAGAGAUGCAUCAUCCCGGUGGCGUCGAGAUCACGAGGCAUGCUGCCGAAUUUCUGUCUGGAGUCGCCUUUGUCGAUUUGGCCGAUCGGGUUUGUAACAUCGCCGUUGUUUGUCUAUUUAAUCUGUUCCAAUUUGGCAACUUUUGA